UCGAACGGAGCGGGUCGUGUUUCUUCGUCCCGUUCCGUCCUUAUUAUCGGCCUCUAUUCCCAGGGCCUUCUUUCAUUAUCUCGAUUUUCAACCUGCUGAUUCCGUGAUCGAGCUAAAUAAAAGAAGCGAAUAUAACCGAAUUAUAAAUAAUAUAGAGUUAUCUUUACUCGGUCCGCGUUUUAAGAUGACCGCCUCGGCAUCUUUUCUCUCGCCUUUCUCCUUUUCCUUCCGAUCUUUUUUCCCACCGUUCGUAUCGUCGUCGUUGCCGUCGUUGUCGUCGUCGUUAUCGUUGCGUAGGAAGAAGAGAUUGAACCGAUGGACGAUCAAUCGGGAUCGAUAUUGGGUAAAACUAUGCGAUACGAAAAGUUGUUGAAUCGAUAAAACGACAAAGGUUCGAUAGUGAAGAAUCAAUGGAAAGGGAUUGGGAAGCAAAAGGGCAAACGAACUAUCGUGAUACAUCGAAGAAAAGGAAAAGUGCGAAUACGCGGAAAGUGAUUUGUUCGUAGAUCCGAAUCUCGGCCGAGAUCGAAUCGUGCCGAUCGACGCGUUUACCGAUCGACGAGUAAAGAAGCGAAGAGAAGGGAAUUGGGAAUUCUGCUGUCGCGAAGAGGAGUGGAAGAGGAGCUCUGAGGUGGGGAAAAGGGGGAGGAAGCGAGAGGGAGAGCGAGAGCGAGAGCGAGAAGAGAGGCAAAGGGAAAUAGAAUCGGCGCGAAGGAGCACGGUAGCGACGAGGUGGUGUCUUCCUUGGCCGAAGAUAUCCCGCGUAAUCGGGAUCGGGCGCAAACUCGCAUCAGAAGCCGGCUAUGGGAAAGCUGGCAACGACUGGUGGACGCGUGACCCGUGACAACGAGGAACGAGAGGCAUCGGUGUGGUCGGUCGAACGAAGCGGCGCCAGUUCCUGCCGCGCUUUCGUCGCGGUUUCUACGGACGGGAUCGUUGUCGGCGGUGGGAUCGUUCGGGCUGUCGCCGCGGCGAAACGAAAAGAUUUCAUCCGUACGACGAGUUACUCGAGGAACGUUCAGAAAGAUAACGGGAACGCGAAUCCAAGUAGUCGGUGGUUUCUCGAAAAACGGGGAAUUGAACGUUUAAUCGAGACGAUAGAAGGCGACGCGACGGCAUUUGCUUUCUCCUUCGAAAAGCACAAACGUCGUUCGAGAGGAUCUCUCGAUCUUGGAGAGUAUCGAACAUUGGUGGACUCGAGGAGCAUCGAACGGCGAGGGAUAAUCGAUCGCGCGGGUGGUUGUUGCCGUUACCAGUUUGCUCGGGCAACGAGCGCGAGCGGUGGGCUGCUCAUCCUCCUCGGAUUAGCGGCGAUUGGCGCGGCGCUUUGCGUGCCCGCUUCGGGCGUGCCGAUGCAGUCGCGAACGGAUCCGUACGCUCGAACCGGUCUUCGAUACAACCUCGACCGCUCGACCGGUCUCGAGGACGUCUACGAGGACGCUUUCGAGAAUGCUUUCCAAGAAGAGGAUCGACCGACGACGAGAACCGUUCUCGACGACACCGAGCUGGAUAUUAUCAGACGAAGCAUCGUGCGAGGUCUCGGCUUGAAGAGGAUACCCGACCCUUCCAAGGCAAACGUGAGCCAAGCCGAGUACGAAAGGGCGCACAAAGAGUACCUGAAAAAAGUCCAGUCGUCCUUCGACGAACAGAAUUUCAACGGCAACAAGAAACUACACGUGUUUCAUGCUACAGCAUAUCCUGGAAACGACUCGAGAAGCGAGAGAGACGAACGUUAUCGUCACCGUUACCGUUACCGUCACCGUCAUCGUCACCGCUUGUUCUUCCCCGUGGAAAUUCCUGAGGAAAAUCACGUCGCAUCGGUGGAUCACGCGACGUUGCGUCUACUGCUUCACGGAUCGAUCGAUCACGAUUAUAACAAUGUUUUACAUCGAUUCGACGUGGACGCGUUGCUUUAUCUCCGAGCUGAACGUACGAGGAAGCUGUUGGUUCGUAAAAGAAUCGAGUUAGAAGAUUGGCGAAAUUCGAUAUGGCUUGAAUUCGAUUCGACCCUCGCCGUCUCGUCCUGGCUCGACGGUGAUCUCGAAAAUUUUGGUCUCGAACUCGAAUUCUUUCACGACGGCCAACCAGUCAGCCGUACUUUUUCCUCGCCGGUUUUGAACGUCUUCACCACCGGUAAUUUAAAUCCUAGAACGAAACGCUCGACACCAGAAGAAUUAAUGUCUCUGCACAAAGGGCGUAGGUCAAAGUGCAAAGGUGAGAGUAAAAAGUGCUGCAGACACGAACUUACCGUGAUGUUCAAGGACCUGAGAGGCUUCGACUUUAUCGUUUACCCGAAAACCUUCGACGCUGGAUACUGUAAAGGUCGAUGCCCGCCCAGAUACAAUCCGGCUCAUCAUCACGCUCUUUUACAGAGUUUGCUGUGGAAAGAGGAUAGAAAGAAAGUGCCUAAACCUUGCUGCGCUCCAAGUAAACUCGACCAAUUGAUGAUCCUUUACUACGACGAAGACGAUUCGACUCAAUUAAAGGUGUCUUAUUGGCAAAACAUUCAAGUACUCGAAUGCGCUUGCUCCUAAUAAACGUGUGUACGAUUCGCGUAAUACGUAUUGAAAGAAACAAUAAGUGGAUCGAGUGGUUACAAAGUAAAAAAAAAAAGAAAUGAAUUUAUCGUCGUAGACUGUAAACGACUCACCAAAGAAUCGUUCGAGUAACCGUUUAACGAUAGCACUUUUUCGUCGUAUACAUUUGUGCUAGGCUUACAUUAUCCAUGCGUUAUUCUCCGUGUACAAUAUCAAUCAUAGUGUCCGUUCGUCUAGUGUAUUUUAUAAUUUCAAAUAAAUUAUUG